AUGUCAGACCAACCGACUAUCACUGGAAGCUGUCUCUGCCAGCAGAUCCGAUAUGAACUCACCGGAGACCCUCAAAUAAGACUUCUCUGUCACUGCGAUAAUUGUCGCAAAGCCACUGGAUCCAGCUUCAUGGCGAACGCCGUCUACCAGAAAAACCAAUUCCGUAUCGUCUCAGGAGAAGAGUUGUUGAAGACCUACCAGGAUAACAACAACUCGUCGGGAAAUGUCUUGUCUCGGGCAUUCUGCUCAAACUGCAGCUCUUCCCUGUUUAUUACCAACUCGCUGAAUAAGGGUAUGCUGGUUGUCACUUCGGGCACAAUGGAUCUGGGGCAAGCAGAGUGGGUGCCUCAGGUUGAGGUUUUUUGCAAGAGUCGGAGGGAGUGGCUUCCGCCUGUGGAGGGGACCACGACGUCUCACCAGAAUGCCUCGCUGAGAAGACCGCAAUGCACGUUAAGACAACAGUACAAGAUCUUGAAGUUCAAUCAGCCUCCACCCUUCUCAGAGUCUAUGGCGCGCCCACGAGCCGCGUCGGGCGCUGAUGUCCCAAAGGAACCACAUGCUGUUUCCCUGAAAGUCCUCCGACUCUCCCGACCGUCCUUGUCUUAUCAGUCCCCCCUCCCCGCAGCCACGACCAAGAUCUCUCCUAAAGCCUCUUUAAGCUAUCCAUCCGCCGACUCUGACGAUCAAUUCAUUCUUACGCCGAUUCUCACCCUCCCUCCAGCAUUCGGAUCAGUCUACGUCGGCGAAACCUUUGCCUGCACCCUUAGCGCCAACAAUGAGAUAUCCGCAGACGAAACGGGUCGAGUCGUGACCUCCGUGCGCAUCGUUGCCGAAAUGCAAACCCCUUCCUCGGUCGCAGCCCUCGAACUCGAUCCUGCUAGCGACACGGCUCAAUCGGGUCUCGACAUCGGCGAGUCCCUACAGAAAAUCGUACGAUAUGAUCUAAAGGAGGAAGGGAACCAUAUUCUAGCCGUUAGUGUGAGCUAUACCGAGAAUCGGAUUAGCGAGAGUGCUCAGGCGGCGAGCGGUCGUGUUCGCACGUUCCGAAAGCUAUAUCAGUUCGUUGCGCAGCCGUGCUUGAGCGUGCGCACCAAGGCGUCGGAAUUGCCGCCUUUGGAAGUGGACAAUAAAUCGCUCGGUCCAUACGGAAAGACUCGGUUGCUUCGGUUUGCCUUGGAAGCUCAAUUGGAGAAUGUGGGCGAUGGCGCCGUCGUUAUAAAACAAACCCGACUCAACCCAAAAGCACCCUUCAAAUGCCAAUCCCUUAACUCGGAUGCAACAACCUCCGACCCCUUUGCAGCAGCAGCACUACCAACCCUUAACCCCCGCGACGUCCUACAAGUCGCCUUCCUUAUUGAACAAGAAGAAGGUCGCACAGAAGGCCUCGAAGCCUUACAAAAAGAUCUCCGCCACGACGGCCGCGCUACACUAGGCCAGUUAUCUAUCGAGUGGCGCGGCGCUAUGGGUGAUAAGGGCUUCCUCACGACCGGUAACCUGAUGAGCCGGAAACGCUCUUGA